GUUGCAGCUCCUGAAUUGUGUUGAUGCAUUUCCAGCCUGCCUGACAGAGCAGAGGUAGAGAAUGUGUGCCGUGCUGCCACUCUAGCAGAACAACAUCUAUUGCUUUUAUUUCUUUAUUUUUGUCGACCCUUUUUUAUUUUUUGGACUGGUUUGUGCCAGCAGAGCUUCAUUUCUGUUUCAACCAUGAAGACUAUACAGGCCUGGAUGAUAAGGUUCUAGGUUGUUCAGUUUUGUUUUUUCAAUCAAGUGGCUCCUACCUGACACAGGGGAAAUCUGUUCAGGUUUUCACCAUUUAAAAUGGGAUGUGUGUACUCUGUACCAAAGGAGGAACUGCCAGUGCCAAACAGAGCCGUCACACCAAGAGAAACAAGUUUUAUCGAGAAGAUGAAGAAAACGGGUAAAAACAUAGUGGUGUUUUAUGGAUCUCAAACUGGAACAGCGGAAGAGUUUGCAAACCGUCUUUCCAAAGAUGCUCAGCGAUACGGAAUGAGGGGCAUGGUAGCAGACCCAGAGGAGUACGACAUGCCUGAACUUACUGGGACUGCGGACCUUUUAGCUAACAACUCUAUAGCCAUGUUCUGCAUGGCUACUUAUGGGGAAGGAGACCCCACUGACAAUGCCCAGGAUUUCUAUGACUGGCUUCAGGAAGCCGACGAUGAUCUGUCCGGCGUCAAUUUCACAGUUUUCGGGCUUGGGAAUAAGACUUAUGAACACUACAACGCAAUGGGAAAAUAUGUAGACAAGAGACUGCAGCAGCUCGGAGCAGAGAGGAUCUUCGACCUGGGAAUGGGCGACGACGAUGGCAAUCUUGAAGAGGACUUUGUCUCUUGGAGAGAGCAGUUCUGGCCAGCAGUGUGUGAGCACUUCGGGGUUGAGGCAACUGGAGACGAAUCCAGCAUUCGCCAGUAUGAGCUGGUGGUCCAUACAGAUAUAAACAUGAACAAAGUUUACACGGGAGAGAUGGGACGUCUGAAGAGCUUCGAGACACAGAAAAUGCCUUUUGAUGCCAAAAACCCUUUCCUGGCCACGGUUACUACAAACCGGAAGCUGAAUAAGGGAGGCAGCCGACACCUGAUGCACCUUGAGCUGGAUAUCUCUGCAUCCAAGAUCAGAUACGAUUCUGGAGAUCAUGUUGCAGUUUACCCUAUAAAUGAUACGACUCUAGUGAAUAAAAUUGGAGAAAUUCUUGAUGUGGACCUUGACACUGUAAUCUCCUUGAACAACCUUGAUGAGGAGUCCAACAAGAAGCACCCAUUCCCUUGCCCUACCUCGUACCGCACAGCCCUGACACACUACCUGGAUAUCACCAACCCUCCACGCACCAACGUCCUGUAUGAGCUCUCCCAGUAUGCCACCGAUCCCAAAGACCAGGAGACCCUACGCAAGAUGGCAUCUUCCGCCACUGAAGGGAAGUCUCAUUAUCAAACCUGGGUGCUGGAGGCCAAAAGGAACAUCCUGGCUAUCCUGCAGGACAUGCCCUCGCUCCGCCCCCCCAUCGACCACCUGUGUGAGCUGCUGCCCCGCCUGCAGGCUCGCUACUACUCCAUCGCCUCCUCCUCCAAGGUCCACUCCAACUCUGUGCACAUCUGUGCCGUUGUGGUGGAGUACGAGACCAAGACUGGCCGAACCAACAAGGGUGUUGCAACUAACUGGUUAAAAAACAAAGUGCCUACAGACAAUGGCCACAAGCCCACGGUGCCCUUGUAUGUGAGGAAAUCGCAGUUCCGCCUGCCCUUCAAAGCCAGCACCCCAGUCAUCAUGAUCGGACCUGGCACUGGGGUCGCUCCCUUCAUGGGAUUCAUCCAAGAAAGAGCUUGGCUGAAGCAGCAAGGCAAGGAGGUGGGUGAAACUGUUCUUUAUUACGGAUGCCGGCACAGAAACGAGGACUUCCUGUACCAGGAGGAGCUGGAGCAGUUUGAGAAGGAUGGAGUGCUCACUCAGCUCAGCGUAGCCUUUUCAAGAGAUCAGGCUGAGAAGGUAUACGUGCAGCAUUUGCUCAAGAAAAAUAAAGAGAAUCUAUGGAAACUGAUCCAUACUGACAAUGCACACAUCUACAUUUGUGGGGAUGCCCGUAACAUGGCCAGAGACGUGCAGAACACGUUUUAUGAGAUUGCGAGCGAGUUGGGGAGCAUGGCGCACACGCAGGCAGUGGACUAUGUCAAGAAGCUUAUGACCAAGGGACGUUACUCGCUGGAUGUUUGGAGCUAAAUGGGAGAAAUAAUGUAAUCUUUCAAAAAUGAAACCUGGGGAAGGAAUGUGGGAAAGAGGCUGCUUUUUGUUAGGGUGGUGUCCUGCACACAUCAAUGCAAGAUUUGUUUUAAUUUUCCUAUUCCUAGAUUGCCUUUGUUUUAUUACAGAAAUGAAAUCUUACUGAUAAUUUUGUUAACUGCCGUAGUCGAGACGUGUAACCGCUAUAUAACAACAAAUGUGCUCACAUUACUGGCAGUGUUGUAAAUAAGCCAAGUGUCAUAAAACAGCAAAACUGAUUGAAUCCUGUUCUGAAGUAUGAACAGGACUACAUUUUACAGUGACUUCUGAGGCCACAUUACAGAACAAGUUGUCCGGUACAAUGGAAAAGUAUCACUGAGGCAGGAAAUUCCCUAUUUCCAAAGCUGCACAAACCACAGCUCCUGAACUCCUUAUCGCACUGAUCGCUUCAGGCGUGGCGUUUGUUCUCUGCAAGAAAACUCCCUGCAGGUCAAUUCUGUAUAAGGCUUUACCUGCAGGUACAGUUAAGGGUGAGGACUGUUUAGAAGAGACCAGGUACCAGGUCUGUUCCCCGCUGUGGUGGGUAUUAUUGCUAUGAACUGAAAAGCUAUUGACACGUGACUUGUGUUCAUUUACAGCUUUUUUUGUACUGGAUCUUGUCGGGCUACUUAGACUUUAGGCUGCUCAACAGUCUACAUCUGCAAUAAGAUGAAGAGUGCUCUACUUGGACCUGAGAGGCUGAGACAGUCUCUCUACGCUUACAAUCACUGUGGAGUGGUGGAGGCAUGUCAUAUAAACACUAGCGAUGCUGUGAUCGAAGUGUCUGAGUCAAGGAGAUCAUUCAGGAUAAGAAACGUGAUUGGGUGCCUUUGUAAUAGAGCAUUUCAUAUCUUUUACUGAAGGACGGCUAAGAGAACAUGUUCUGUGAUAAACGUGGUGAGUCUGUAAUGUGGCACAAGGUCUCUCCCUUUUAAAGGUAAGCUGUGAGCUUCGCAAUCCCUAAAGUAGAUACAGGUUUGACCUGACUAUGCUAAGUCAGUCAUUUUGGAACUUUUAAAGAAAUAACCAAUUCAUUUUUGUACUCUUUUUAUGUUAAGCAGUGUAAGUCGGUUGUUAUGUGAUUCAAAGUCAUGAAAUAUUAGCUUACCUAAGAUAAAGAAAUAAGUACUGUUUCUUUAUUUUGCAAUUUUUUUUUUUUUUUUUUAAAGUACAGUAAUGCAUGUCCAAUGAAAGAUCGGAGACGGAAAAGAUUUUUUAAUAUGCAGUUUAUAGAUACGCAUUCUGUUUGCAGCGAAAUCUCUAGAAGAAAGCUGCUUGAAAGGUAUAUGAAUGCUAAACGAGCAAGUAUAUACUGCAAAAAAUAAAUAAAUAAAUAAAUAAAUUAAUAUGAUGCAUUUCCAGGAUUGGUUCAGGACAGGUGGGAGGGGAAAGUGCAGUCUGGUUGCUGUCUUGUUUUAUUUUAUAGAUGCCUUUGGGAGACGGCAACUCUUUCUCUUAAAGCACCAAAAACUGAGUACUGUGCAGAAUAAUUGCCAUAUUCCUUCAAAUUUAAGACUCCCUCGAAUUUAAGACUCCCACCCUCAAUUUGAGGAAAAAAUAAAACCUCAA